ACCUGCUCAUUUCGUUUCUUCCUUUUAAAGCGGUUAGUCGAUUUCGGUGCGUCAGAAAUUGUUUUGUGUUCUCUUAGUUUUAUUAAAUACAUAACUUAUAAAAAUUAAUUAGUUAAACUCUAAUUAAGUCAAUUUUUACGCUGUAUAUAAUUUGUAAAUUGAACUCAAUUUAGUUAUAAUAAAAAAUGCAACGUCAGUUCACUUCGGGAAGUCGCCAAGCACCUGAUCCGUUUGAUCAAUUUUUGGAACAACACAAUUAUUAUCGUAAGCACACUGCUCGGGAUGCAUCGUGCUUGUUUCGCGUGAUAUCAGAACAGAUGUAUGAUACCCAAAAGCACCAUUUAACCAUACGCAAGAAAUGCGUAGCAUAUAUGAGAAAACAUAGAUCAUUCUUUCAACCGCUCGUAGAUCGAGAUUUGGACGAAUAUCUUGAUGAUAUGUCCAAGCCAAGAACAUAUGGAACAAUGAUUGAACUACAAGCAGUGGGUUAUAUGUACCAGCGUAAUGUAGUUCUUUUUGAAGCGUUUAAUUUGGGUAAUUAUUUUAUAACAAGACCUUGUUAUGAGGAUACGUUUCGUAUAUUUUAUACUCCUGAACGUCAUUUUGAUUCUGUUUUUACUUGCGAUUAUAUAAAGGACGCCGCUAUAUGCCAAUCGAUUGUAUAUGAAAUUUUAUAUAAGUAUAUAUAUAAGCUUCCUGAUGUUCCAUUUGCUGUAGAACAAAUGUUGCAUUCACCUACGUUUGAUACUUUAACAUAUCGUACGGAAUAUAAUGAUGACGGCUACUGUCGACGGUUGUAUCUGUCUGAUGGACGUGUAUUUUAUUUUGACCUCCCGAAUGAUACGAAAUGCAUACUGGAAAAUUAUAAAUUAUGUUAUUUUCAUUGUUUAACUGAAGAUAUUCAAGAGGACACAAAAACUGAUGGAAAAAUUUUUUCUAAAGCUCCUGAAUCGUUAUUACCGCAUAAAUACGUUUCUUGCGUACGCCAACUUUUGAUAGAGGGUAUUACGCCAUUUCCGUAUAAAGUUGCUAAGGCACUUGAUCCUAACAUGUAUCGCAAUAUAGAAUUCGAUGCGUGGAAUGAAGCUAGAAAGGAAUUGAAAAUAAUAAAUUGGUAUAAUGGAGAUACCAAUUUCAAGGUAGGCGCAAAGUGUAACGUGAAGUUAGAGAAUUUGGAUAGAAGUCGCCUCUUUACUUGUCAUAUUCAAGAUAUUUCAGUAAACAGAGCUAAUUGUCUUGUAUUUGUUGAGGAGCUUGGAGAGAAACGAUUGGUUCCAUACGACUCACUGAUUCCGUUACCAGCUGAUGAGUUUAAGCCUUGGUCUUUGCCAUAUAAGUUUCAACGUCAUUUUCAAAAAUAUAAUCCAUAUCGUUACAAACAUAUUGGGUGCAAGAUAAGAAUAGGUAAUCAUUUUUGCGGGUCAGAAUAUUGCACAAAUUUUGCGGAAUACACUGAAGAUAGUUAUCAAGAUCUUUUUAAAUUUAAUCAAUAUUCAAAACUUGAUAACUUUCGAUCGCACGUUGAAUAUUGUGCAAUGCCUUUUACAGUAGAGCAUACUCCUACUUUUAAGGAAAAGGUUCACCAACCUGUUAAUGGUGUUCAGUUAGAAGAUUCAAAUUCUUCCAAUACUGGUAGUAAUAACAAUUCUGGUGGUGCAGAAAGUGGUGAAAUGUCAUGCAAAGUUGAAGCACAGGACUAUAACACGUCUAACCCUGUUCCACAAACAAACACUGAAGAGGAUAGUGCAUAUUCUACUCAAUUUUCAAGCAGUUAUCAAAGUCAAAAUUCGACUGGUGUGCCAGAGGAAAUUUAUGGUUAUUCUUUAUUCGAUCCACCAACCGGCUCUGGCUCAGCUCCUUUCGUUUAUAUGAUAAAUUAUCCAAAUUAUGCAAAUCCAGUGUAUAUGCCACCACCGGCGGGUUAUCCAACAACUCAACCAUUUAUAGGUGCACCUAUACCACAAAAUGGCAGUAUUUACUAUGGAAACAACUAUUAUCCAAAUCCAGGUUACUUUCCACCAGGUGGAAUGGCUCCUGUAAAUUCUGUAUGUAAUAAUUUUGUACCACCAAGUCGUUCUGCACCAGGUAUUGGUCGUAUUAAUUAUAAUGCAAGACCUUCGGUCCAUUUGAACGGGGCCGACUUACCGCAAGAUGUUGCUACGUUAAGAUAUUUUUUUAAUCUUGGAGUUGAAUAUCGCAUGAAGAAUAAUAUCUCGAAAGAAUCUGAGGGUGAUACUGAUGACGAGCUCAUGCCUUCAACAUCAAACUUAAAAAUAGAAUGUAAAUCUGAUCAAUCUAAGGAGGAAACAAAGUAUGAUUCUAAUAACAACAGCGUAUCAAGAGCUAAUGGUAACGUCGAAAAUGUUAGGAGGACCAAGUAUUCAAAUCAAUCUCAGUUUCUUGCUAUGCGAAACCCAAAUCGUCGAUUUACACCGCGUCCCUUACUUAAUAAGGAACGCUUUGGUUCCAGAUCAAAUUAUGGGCGAUAUGAUGCCGGUGCUGUUCAUUUACAGAAGUAUAAUACACCAAGUUCAACACGUUAUAGAAAUCGUAAUAGUCCUACGAAUUUGUCUAUUACUGGCGUAGAUCAUCAGAAUGGUUUCGGUGGUGACGAAAAUCGUAGUGACAAUCAGACACCGUGUAGUAAUAUUGCAUCCAACAACUUGGCAGUUGAUUGUCAAAGUGAAUCUGCAAAGACUUCUGUAGUUCCAUCACCACAAUACAGCGUUCCUCAAGCACCACCUGGCGCUUUGAUAAUUCCAGUACCAUCGAAUUCUUACAAUACCGGACCACCAUCUUCACAACCGGUUCCAAUUAAUAUGCAACAACCAUAUGCUGCUGGUGGGCAAUAUAAUUCAUGCUUAGGUGCACCACCAUCUAGUACACCAUUGACAGGCAACAUACAAAUGAUGCCAUCACCAAUAAUGCCUGGAAUGGUUAACAAUGGAUAUUAUACGGCUACGGGACCAAUUGCACCAAUUCACGAAGGUGAAAGCGAUAGUGGAAUGCAAUACCAAUUUGUGUCGCAACCUCCAAAUAUGCAAAUUUAUAUUCCAACUGUAAAUAAUGCACAAAAUUUGAGUCCUUUGAUUCCUACCCAACCAGUUACUGGAGGUCCUCCAUUACCUCCUGUAGCCGGUUCUCAGGGGUAUUGGUGUCCACCAGCAAUUCAUCAAACUAUACCACCGAUUAUAGCGCAUAAUACAACUCCACAGUACGUUCCAGCCAAUGGCAUACCUUUUGGUGCAAAUACACCCAAAACGGCUAACUAUAGACGUGAAAAACAACAACAACAACAACAAACUCAUGCACACCAGUUUGAGUAAACACAUUUAUAACUUAAACAAUUUGAAAUAUUUAUAAAUAUCUUCUUUAUAAAACAUUUAAAUAUUUGACAUAUUUUAAAUGAUUUUUUGAUAGUUCUAAUAAUCCUUAUAAUAAA